UUCGCCUGCGAUUCCCUCUGUGUCUCAGCCAUUGUCCUCAUUCUCCUGAAUUUCACAGUCAUUCCCUCCUCUUCUUCACUCAGCUCUCUCCCGUUGACUCACAUUCGCAUCGCUUACUUAACGCAAUGUCGGUGCCUCCGUGGCUUGAGCCCCUGCUAACCACUUCCUUCUUCAGCGUCUGCCGCUUUCACGGCGACGCCGCCAGGAGCGAGUGUAACAUGUUUUGCCUUGACUGCAAUCGCGACGCAUUUUGCUUCUAUUGCCGUUCCUCCAGACACAAGGAUCAUCAAGUCAUUCAGAUAAGGCGAUCUUCGUAUCACGAUGUGGUGAGAGUGUCUGAGAUUCAGAAAGUCCUGGACAUAAGUGGGGUUCAGACGUAUGUGAUAAACAGCGCGAGAGUCCUGUUCCUGAACGAGCGGCCUCAGCCAAAAUCUGGGAAAGGAGUAGCUCACAUUUGUGAGAUUUGUGGAAGAAGCCUCCUGGACCCAUUCCGCUUCUGUUCUUUGGGCUGUAAGCUUGUGGGAGUGAAGAGAAAUGGGGACGCAAGCUUCGCUGUGGAGGGAAACAACGAGGCAACGGAGAGAAGGGAGGGAAUAUCAAGGAGAUCGGUAUCAGAAGAGGGAUCGCGUGAAGGGUCACAACAAGACAUGUAUCCGGCCACGCCUCCUCCGCCAGCUGCUUCAACAGCAAGAAGAAGAAAAGGCAUUCCUCACAGGGCUCCAUUUGCCUCCUAAUUAUUUAUUUUCCACCCACAAAUAUUGGUACAUAUUCAAUUCCACCCCACCCAACCCAACCCAACCCACCUUUUCUUUUCUUUUUUCUUUUUUUCAUAUUUAUAUAACAAACCCCACUGUGAGGGAAAGAACCUCGUUAUUUAGCAUGAUGGAGGGUGGCCCUUUUGCUCGGGGGGGUUUCUGUAGACGCCUUAAAGAGAGGAAAAAGGAUAUCGAUACACAGGAAAUUUCUUUCCUUUGCUUUAGGAUCUGGGUCCCAUCCCUAACACAACAAAUUCUCUCUUGUGAAGAACAUCCAAUAAUGCGGAUUUGUUUAAUAUUUGAUACUUGCGGGUGUACAUGUCAUUAAGAAAUUCUUUUCAUAAAAAGCAUUGUCUUUGUGGA